CUUUACGUCACUUCCGUUACAGCUUUCUGUGUGAGUUUUCGAGCAAAGAUGGCGACGGCGCAGCUAACGGAUGAGGAGCUUUUCUCUGAGUUAAAGCGCUUUGGAUUUACUCCAGGCCCGGUCACAGAAAAGACGCGACCGGUGUAUUUGAAAAAACUUAAAAAACUUCGCGAGGAGCAGCAACAGAAAGGUUCCCGGGCGGGGAAAAACAGAAACGGCGGCAGCAUCAACAACAACAGUAACGCUAGUGGCGGUGGCAACAGCAGCAACACAGCGGCGGGAGCUUCGGGAUUCGGAGACAGGCCAGCUAGGAAUGACGUCACGCACCUGAGCCUAAGCAGGAGUCCGGGUGGUCGACCGGCCCUGAACGAAAAGCGAACCAGUGAAGCUGGAAAGUUCGUUUUGGGCUUCAGCUCGGACGAAUCGGACGUAGAGGCACCACAGAAAAAACGAGGCCCGAACCACAGCGGCAGGAGAGACCGCGGUUCCGCGUACCAACAACAACUGGCGAUCAGGCCUACAACGGGAGCAGCCACUGCCGCCCGAAGGAGUCUGGGAGUCGCUGUGAGUAGCAACAGCAACAAUUCCUCUCCUAUCGGGUUGCUUGCGGGGAGGCGAAGCGUACCCGCGUAUCUCGUGUGGGGGGACCGGGGAAAAUCGAGCCUCGAAGUCUCACAGGGGGUGGAAGGGAGGGGUUACCACGAAGAGCCCGAAGAGGAAGAAGAUUUCGAGGGGGAGAACGAUAGAGACACUAGGUCUCUGAAUGGAAGUAGGGCGUCUUACGUGCCGAAAACCAGCAGUAAGCUAAUUUCGGAAUACUCAGAUUCGGACGAGGAGGAAGAAGAGGAAUUCAUAUCUGGAUUUGACCCACAGCGCGACUGCCGCUUACAACAGCAGUUCUCAAGACGAAGUUUCUCGGCUAGGCUGUCUCCCCACAGAAGUGCCAGGGGGUCGGAGAGCAGCCAGGAAAAGACUGCAGGCAGCACAAUCCGGCUGAAUGACACGCCUGGCGCUAGUAGGAGUCUAGACAUGACGGGCGGCGAGGAAGAGGAGAAAGGAGACGUGGAAAAAAAGAGAGGCCCCGGCGAAUCGACUCCGAGUAGCGGCUUGCUGCGACGCCAUUAUACCAUGGGGACCAACUACGUGUCGGCUGCGACGGGAGAGAGCGACCGCGGCGGGCCUGGGGAAGGCAGUGGCAACAAUUCCCCGUCCUCCGCCUACAACAAAAACCACGUCGACAGCGGGGUUAGCGCCACUACCAGCAGCUCCAGUAGCCGAUUCAGCAUAGGUCUCCGACCGCGGUUCUCAAACUACAACACACUGUCCUCUACCUACCGGCCCAACCACUCGAAUCACAGUGGGCCAAACCAUGCUUACAGCCAGGCAAGCCUCAAGCAGAAGCACACUGUGCCGGAGGACGAGCUUCUCCAGCAAUUUAAGAGGGAGGAGGUCGGCUCAUCCACGGUUGGCUGGGGGUUCAGCGCCCACUACCUGUCCAUGUUCCUCCUCACGGCCGCGUGCCUCUUCUUCCUCCUCCUCGGUCUCAUGUACAUCCGGAUGAGGGGGUCUGGAGUCUCCGAAGUGGAUGUUGUCAAUAAGAACCAUCCGUUUGGCACCGAUUUUGACAGUUCCUAUAACAAGACGGAAAAGGACACCAUUCUGAAACUCCUGCUCCUCCUCCACGACCACCUGGCUGACAUUGCUGGCCAACACGACUGCACGGACCCGGAGAUCCAGCAGAACCGGAGCCUGUCUCUUCAGGAAGCCUCAGACUACCUGCUACAGCAGAACGAGGUCUACCGCCACUGGGUGCAGACCUCCCUCGAGUGGAUCAUACGGGUCAGGCCGGAAGACGUUGGAAUACGUCUGAUUGGUGCUCACCCUGAGGAGGAGGUUGAGGAGGUCAACGAGGUGACUCGUCUGGAGUCCACACACCCCAAGAUGUCAUUCUGGUGCCGUUUCAGACGAGCCUUCUUCACCGUGAUCCACCGCGUGGUUCUGAUCCUGGCAGUGAUUGGUCUGGUGUGGGCAGCGAUCUACUACAUGAAAUACCGCUGGAGACGGGAGGAGGAGGAGGCCCGUCAGAUAUACGACAUGGUGGAGAAGAUCAUCAACGUCCUGCGAAGCUACACGGAGGCAUGUCAGGAGAACAAGGACCUCCAGCCCUACCUUCCUAUCCCUCACGUCCGCGACUCCCUGGUCCCACCUCAAGACCGGAAGAAGCUGAAGAAGGUUUGGGACAAAGCUGUGACCUUCCUCUCAGCCAACGAGAGCCGGAUCAGGACAGAGUUGCAGCAGAUUGGCGGGUCUGACUUCCUGGUGUGGAGGUGGAUCCAGCCCUCGUUGAGCUGCGACAAGAUCUCUCUCCUCCCCUCCAAAGUCUGGCAGGGCAAAGCAUUCCCUCUGGACAGGAGGAAUUCCCCUCCUAACAGCUUAACGCCAUGUCUCAAGAUCAGGAACAUGUUUGAUCCAGUCAUGGAGGUUGGGGAGAACUGGCACCUGGUGAUCCACGAAGCCAUCCUGGAGAAGUGUUCUGACAAUGACGGCAUCGUCCACAUCGCCGUCGACAAGAACUCCAGAGAGGGCUGUGUCUAUGUUAAGUGUCUGUCAGCAGAGCACUCAGGGAAAGCCUUCAAAUCGCUUCACGGCUCCUGGUUUGACGGUAAGCUAGUGACGGUGAAGUACCUGCGUUUGGACCGCUACCAUCAGCGGUUCCCCCAGGCCCAGAGCUGCAACACGUCCCUGAAGCCCCUGCGGCAGUCAUAUGAACACCAAGUCCAGGCUGUAACACGUCCCUGAAGCCCCUAGGGCAGUCAUAUGAACACCACGUCCAGAGCUGUAACACGUCCCUGAAGCCCUCCAGUAUUCGUAUGAACGGCCUGCUAAGUUCCCCUCCGGCUCUGCUCCUCCGGUUUCUCCUGUGAGUGGGCGGACAAACCCCCCUAGCCUCCCCGCUGCCCAAACCCCCAGCAUCCACAGCUACCAGCCGAACCGGGCUGUCAUUCUGCCAUGACACCCCAACACAAGCCCCCUUUUGAGUCCUUUUUUUAGCCAGCCUCUCCUGGGCUCAGGGCUGUGGGUGUGUCCCCGCUACAGCGCGCCGCUGCGUCGGUGGAACCGUCUACAAAGAGAAGACUUUCCGGGGGGACGCGGUUUUCACUUUAAAGGAGGGAGUUAGAUUUUUUGUUACCACUCCUUGUCUCAACAGUUGAGGUGGUUGGGAGGGGAUUGGGACUUGCUGUUUCAUCCGAGGUGUUCUAUUGUUUUGUAAAAAAAAAAAAAAAGAGGAAUCUGAGUUUUGAGAACCAAACCUUGGAAGACCACUUGAACAACCAUUGGACUGGGGAGUGGGGGGCGGGGGUGGGCGUGGCCUAUACUUUGCAUGAGAGAGCUGGGGCCGUGUGAUUCGGUGGUGCCGUGGACACUAAUUAUUUACUUUCCUUUUUUUUUUUUGUAUUACAAACUUUAUGGAGUUAACAAAGAAGCGACACGCUUUCUUCUAAUGGCAUAUUUAAAAGAGUUAUAUGUGAGAGGGACACCCUGUCUCUCUUUCGUGCCCCCCGACCAUCCUUCCUUGUUUUGGUGACCUGCCCUGCGUUACAAGGAGUGGAGUUGGGCUACACUUUGAAAUAGCUGCAUGUGCUGGUUAAAGUAUACCUCUAUUUAAGCUUUUGAAUUUAUACCAUAUAAUGUGGAUGUUAUAACGCAAUGCCUUUGUUCUGUAGUUUUUAGUGGUGGGGAUGGAGGAAAGGCACCAGGCCUGAGGGGGGAUGGCUGUGUGACUGGGUGGGCUGUAAAUUCACGUCGAGCGUGAAUCGAUCUCGUUACCAAACCGCACGCUUCCAUCGUUCUCCUCCUGCCGCUCAAACUCGCAAAGCGAUUCCCGACGGCUUCGUCUCAGCGUGGCGGCGAUGGCUCGUGGUAGUCCUUUGUGGGCCCAUUCGGGCCAGCGUUGCCGUGACCCGGCCGGUGUCCACAGGUGUUGGAGAGAGAAGAGGGGGUGUGAUUUGAGGAGGGAAAAAGAGGAGCGCAAUAAUUUGGGCGGUCAAACAAUCGACCAUUUUGUUAUUCCGGAUUGUUCUUUGAUUAAGGCGGCCAUUUACUUUGUAUCGUCCCCCCCCCCCCCCCUCAAACAAAUUCACCUAAUCUCUAAUCUCUUCUCUGGUCGGUUGGAGCGUAUUCCAGUGUAUUCCAAUGUUAUAUUGUUUUGUGUUACUGUUUUAAUUAAUAGCAGCUGUUUUUGAUACUCUGCUUCACCCUCUUGGUAUUGUUGCACCAAGUGUCUGUCUGCUAUCCUCUGGUACAUUUAGGUGGAGGACUAAACCCUGGCAUUGGUGCUCUGGGAUGGGCGAACCGUCGUACCCGUUUGGUCGACUGGGAUAGGAUGACAGAGGGCCCAGGGUUAAUGGAUCUGUGUGGAACAACCAGUGGGUACAUUGUGUCUUUUCGGUUCUGUCGGCUGUGGUUCAGUUGGCGAGAACGCUUCCCCACUCCCCGGACAUUAACACUACACAGGCCGCAUCUACACAGCCUGACCGGUUCUGAACCUCCUUUAGCUAAUCGCUGCUCUGAUCGGAGGACCGGUUAGUGGGAUCAGAAUUGGCCUGCCUGUGUGAACGAGGCCAUGGUCCGUGGGGGCUUGCUCUGCGUGACCCACAGUUCCACAGGAGCCCGCGCUGGAUGAGGCUUAUGAAGCUCCAUAUUCCACUGCUGGUCAUUUGUAAUGGUGUUUUUACUACGUUGUGAGUAACCAAGGGCACCACGUCUGAAAAGCGCAGUGCUCGUCUCGGGUGAGGGUGCCAGUUUCCAGGCAACGAAGCAGCAUUUCCUGCCAUGUUGAAAAUCAUCCAGUGUCUUUGUUAUAGCGAUUCUUUGAUUGUUUCCAGCCAUGGGUGUUCAUACACACAGACCUAAUGUUAUUCCUCUUAUUUUGUCCUUCAGAUUGAUAUGAUGCAGAGAAUGAAUGCCGACCAGCUGUUUUAGACAGGGUAAUAAAUGUUUAGGAUUGAUGCGGAAAUUCAAUGAUUUAAAUACCUUUUUUUUUUUUUACUCCAUGGUCCGUGUCCCAAACUGCAACUUAUUCCUUUCAUAGUGCACUGGUUUUGAUCAGAACCUGAUGAGUUUGUGUACUG